AUGUCCGUCGAAGCGACCGCCGCAACGGCGCCUGCGCCCGAGACUGCGAUUGAGAUCGAGGUUGCAAGUGAACCAUGCCAACCCUCCAACAAUGACGCACGCAACCCCAGCAACACCAAUAAGCAUUCCGGCCUCCACUCGCCGCCCGAAAGCAACGGCGCAGCGAAGGACAGUAGUGAUUCCGAGCUGAGUGACCUGGACGAUAUCGAAAUUGACCUCGACCUGUCGUCCCCUUUGCCCUCCGGACCCGCGGACCAUGCCAAGCAGGAGGAUGUCGUCAAGGAAGAGGGGGACGACGAGUGUGCGGCCGGCGGCGGCGACGACGACAUCGGCGAGGUUGUCCCCGACCACUGGUCUGGCACCGUUCCCGUCUUCAAACCCGACAUACACCAAUUCAAGGACUUCAAGAAAUUCAUGACCAAGAUCGACUGCUAUGGCAUGAAGUCCGGCAUCGUCAAAAUCAUCCCGCCGCAGGAAUGGAAAGACCAGCACCCUCCCCUCGAUGAGUUGGUUAAACAAGUCAGGGUUAGGGAACCCAUCAAGCAGGACAUAAUGGGAUCGAAUGGCACCUAUCGACAGGUCAACAUUCUCCAUCAGCGAUCCUACAAUAUUCCGCAGUGGCGGCAGCUCUGUGACCAGAGCGAGCACCAACCCCCAGCAAGGCGGGGGGAGAGGCGCGCGCAGGCUCCUCCUCGGCCAAAACAAGCGUCGUCGUCGACUAACACCGAGUCCAAGACACGUGGGCGAUUGACUAGGAGUAAGAAUAAGCGCGGUACGACAGAUUCAGAGGACCGACCUAUGACACCGGUGUCGCCGAAGCCGAGUGAAGAAAUCAUGGAGUCUGUCGAGCAGGGUCCUGGCGCGGAUGCCGACGAGACUGCCACUACUCCAGUUAUCGGUCGGAUGGGCGGAUCGAGGCAGGCGAAGCCAAAAACACAGUCCACGUCGGCCCGACGAAAGUACGCGAGGCGAGAAGCGUCAGCUAAGGUCGAUGAAGAAGCCUUUAAGGACUUCGACUACCGCAUGGACAUCUCUGACUACACACCUGAAAGGUGCGAGGAGUUGGAGCGUAUUUACUGGAAGACCCUCACAUAUGCACCGCCCCUGUAUGGUGCGGAUCUACCGGGCACCUUGUUUGACGAGAAGUGCGACGUCUGGAAUCUCAACAAACUCCCAAAUCUCCUUGACGUUCUAGGCACCAAAGUGCCUGGCGUUAACACUGCGUACCUCUAUCUCGGCAUGUGGAAGGCAACUUUCGCCUGGCACCUCGAAGAUGUUGAUCUAUAUAGCAUCAACUACUUGCACUUCGGGGCUCCGAAACAGUGGUACAGCAUCUCCCAGGGCGAUGCCCGUCGCUUCGAAGCCGCCAUGAAGAGUAUCUGGCCGACCGAUGCCAAGGCUUGCGACCAAUUUCUACGACACAAAGCUUUCCUCAUUUCGCCAAACCACCUGCUCCAGUAUUUCAAUAUCAAGGUCAACAAGUGCGUUUCAUACCCGGGGGAAUUCGUCGUUACUUACCCGUAUGGCUACCAUUCCGGAUACAAUCUGGGGUACAACUGCGCUGAGGCUGUUAACUUCGCUUUAGACUCGUGGUUACCCAUGGGGAAGAUCGCGAAGAGAUGUGAAUGUGCCCAAGCCCAGGACAGUGUUUGGGUUGAUGUAUACGAGAUUGAGCGGAAACUGAGAGGAGAAGAGACGGAUUUCGAGGAGAGCGUGGAUGAAGAGGAUGACGAGGAUGACCCGGAUAUGGGUGUGAUGACGCCGCCAUCAUCUCAUGGCGUGCGAUUCAAGCAACCCGGACGGAAGCGUAAGCACCCGGCAGUCGACAAGAAGGAGAGGAAGGCGAAGAAGAUACGACUCCACGUCAAGAGUCACGCUGAGCCCCCCUGCUGCCUCUGCCCACACGAUAUUCCGGGCCAAGGCGUGCUGCCUACGACUGAUGGCCGCGCAGCCCAUCGUAUAUGUGCCCUUUACGGACCAGACACCUGGAUCGAGACCGUUGAGGGCCGGGAGGUAGUUGCUAACGUGGAGGAUGUCAGCAAACCGCGACUGGAGCAAAAGUGCUUGUAUUGUCGUUCGAAGAGGGGCGCGUGCUUCCAAUGCUCUCAAAAGAGAUGUGCGCGGUCAUAUCACGCGACGUGCGCUGCCGCAGCCGGGGUGUUUGUCGAGGAGGCCGAUGUUCCCAUCUUUGGCGAAGACGGCACCGAAUACAAGGAGCGUGCUUUCGAGUUCAGCUGUCGCUUCCACAGAACCAAGAGGGACAAGAAAUUAGAUGGACCUGCCUUGGAAGAGUGUCAGAAGAUCCGCCAAGCCGCGGCCGCUCUCGGGAAAGGCGAUAUAUGCCAACUACAAUAUUACCGUGGGGAAAUAUUCGCGGGUGUUAUUGCCGAGAAUCGCGCGGAUGAACAGACGUUUUUGCUUGAUAUUAUGCCUAACGGGGACCGAGUUGAAGUCGAAUGGAAAUGGCUCCUACUUCCGGAUCCGGCCGACUUCCACCUAAAGAAGGCGUCGCCAAAUGCUAUCCCUAUGCCGACAUCACGCCAGGCCAAGGAAAGGAUCAACGCUACGAGGAGGGCCGCGGAGGAGCUUCCACGCGUGGACGCGCCCUUCGUCGACGGAUUUACUUGGGCCGAGUUUAACAGUUGUGUUUGUACUAACAUAUCACAAACUAAAGUGGAUUUGGCCAAGGAAAACCAGCUUUGGCAUUACCUAGGAAGAACAUCUACAGAGGCUCGCGCGCAAUAUACGGAAGAUCCCAAGAAACCGAGGCACAACAUCAAGAGUAAUUUCUUGGACACCGUCCCGCGGCCAGCUCCGCCGACGGCACAGCCUCGCAAAUCGUACGGAUCUACGUUUUCCGUCCAGACCUUAAGCACAACGCCCGUCAAGUCUGAGCGGCCGUAUCAAUACAAACCGAGGGAUUACACGACGCCUUCUUAUAUCCAUUCCCCAUUUACCUCCCAACAGUUCACACCAAUCCCCUCCUUAUUCGUGGAACAGCAGUUCACUCCGAAGCCGCCGGCCUAUUCCGUGCCACAAACUACGCAAAAGCUGCAUUCUAUCCCUCGGAAUGGUGCUCAUUGCCCGCAGCAUAUCGUGCCGAAGCCGGUACCCGUAGACCAGCAAAACGGCGGGUGUCAUUUGAUACAGCCAACAACCCCAAAGCUGGUGCCCGUACCCCCAAAGAGCGGACAAGUAUCGCAGGCGUCUACAUCGCAGCUAUCGGGGCAACUUUCCCAAGAACCCAUGCCGAAGACAGCCUCAAUACCCCGUCCUACCCCCCCGCAAAACGGACAUAGGCGACAUCGCUCAUCACUCGGUGGGCAGAAUGGCCAGCCGUUAUUUUUUGGAUCUGAUCGUCGGUUUAGGACGCCGUCGUUUUCUUACGGGUCUGGUCGGUAUGAUUCUGCCGCCAAAUCGCCCUUCAGCCACGGAUUUACGCAACCUCCAGGUCUGGGGACAUCUCCGUCGCCGCAGAACGGCCAACUCUUCCAGGCUCAAGCGAGGGCCAGGUCUAAUUCGCUGGCAUCGAACCGUUCAUUCGAUAUGCCAAUGACCUCAUCGGCGAUCCGACCACUAUCUUCGGCAUCUACCCAAGGCACAACGGAGGAAACGCAGACAUGCCCGCAAAAUACUGUCAAACAGGCGCGACCAAGCAUCGUCCAGAAGUACGCUUUCUUUCAGAUCCACCAUAAUAGAGAUUCUACUAAAUAUAGGACGCCUUAUGCCCACUGGGGCGGGUUUACUAAUGGGUAUGAGGGUAGUCUCCGAGCUCAUUUAAUGAGAUCGCCCGAGGCCCUGUUUGAUAUUAGGAGGCAAUCAACGGGCGUUAGUGUUGGCGCCACUUCUGGUCCAUCCGCAACCCAUUUCAUGCCGUCGUCUAGCUCCGGCAUCUCGAACAAGGGCGCCUCGAAUCCCCCGCUACACACGGGCACUCGCGAUUGUUCUCACCAGCUAGCUGCACCACCGGCUUAUGCUCCUCCACACGUGGCUCCGCAGACAACACUGCCGAUAUCGCCCGAUUCACCACGCGGUCGACAGGUGUCAAUGGAGAAUACAAAUUCUUGGGGUCUAAACGAUGGAUGUACGGGGCAAUUGCACCCGGCAAUUCGAGCUCAGUAUGCCGCAAUGCUACAGAGCCGGAAGGCUGAAGCCCCAGAGGAUGACGGCAGGGCGCAAGAAGCCUCGCCGCACCAACCGCCGCCCCCGACUCGCUCUAAUCCGUUCACGGGCGCGGUUGUUGCGCCUCCUACCUCCGUGGGACGGGAUCUAAUGCGGCCCGUAAUGGCUCCCUGCGCACUUCCGGUCUCGACUGCUGCGGACCGGGACUUGCCCGCGCCGGCGGUCUCGACGCCGUCCGCCAAGGUCCCGAGCGUACCUAAACAAACCUACAUACCCCCUCCUCGCCCAUGGGAAGCAUUGAGAAAAACUCAGCCGGAAGCGCAGUCGUUCCCACAGCCUUCAAUCCAGGUCCCACCCCCCAUGGCUACAACUCCAGCUACGAUGUUCCCGACUAACACGCAAACAAUAGCAAAUUCGGCGAUUGACCCUGGAAUCGGAAGCCAAAGGCACAUAGCAGGUCUAGGGCUCCAGCCCAGUCAUCUUCGGGCAGACCAGUCACGGGCCACCACACACGACUCACGACGGGCAUACAUUCAGCAACCACCAAAUAAUACCACAAGACGAUCGCCAGGAGCGGCAAUACGACGACCAGAGUCGGACUCAAACCCACACUCAACAGUAAGAAUAGUAACCCAAUUAUCACCACUGGUGGCUCUCCCGCCUCCAGCCGUCUCUGCGGAAGAUCUUCCCGAGGUGCCGGAAGGAUCGUCAGAGCUGAUUGAAAGUAUUGUAAGGAAUGCUAGGAGAGCUAGUAGCGCGUUUCUCGGCGCUACUACCGGGGCCGUUUGA